UCGGAAAUUGUGUGGCGGUAGGAUCGGUUAUUGCCUUGGAUUACCGGUCCCGAGGUUGGGUGUGGUAUUUUAACAGGAACUGCAGUCUGAGCGUUUGGUCUUCGUGUCCCACGCGUCUACGGCCCUCCUAUAGCAUCUAUUUCUGUCUACUCCCGUUGAGCGAUCAGUUCUGAACCGUACCUGAUAGUCGGAAUACAGUCAUGACCUCUUCCUACCCCCGACCUGACGAACGGCCGAGGCACACAUCCAUAGCUACCCGGGACGCAUCAGCUAUACCUCAAUUCUCACCAAGUAUUCCCCCAGUCCUUCCGCCUUUGCCCUCUCCCCCUCGAGAUCCGGACUUUCUUACCGGAUACACCGUCACCACGCACUUGGUCCCAGCUGCUUCACCUCGCGAGUCCAUAUUUCAAGAAAGACGUCAUGCUGGAGACUUCCCAUCUAUCUCGCCCGUGAUUCCUUCCGAGAAAGUUAAAACGAAGCAAGAUCGAGCGGAAUGGUCCAAGAGGAUGGUUGAGGCACUCAAUCGAAAGCGAACCGGCAUCACAGAAGCAAUGAUACGGGCCGAGUCAACUUGGAGCCCUUUAGAUUAUACAGAAGAGGACGCUGGGCCUCUUCUGUGGAACGCCAUCAAUCGCUAUGCUCGUUUUCAAGAGCAGAGAGACACACGAGACGUCGGGCUGACGGUCGUUAUUGCGCAUGCUAAUGGGAUGCACAAGGAGGUGAAUCCGCUUGCAUUCUCGUGAUAUGUUUUCAUUUGGAGGUGGCUACAUAAAUUC